AAGGAAGUACCUAGAGAUUAUAAAUAGAGGAGGAGAGAUCGGUUUUUGAUAUUCAUUCAAGCAUAAGCAGAUUCCGAAACAAGAGAUUGAGCCAGAAGAAAUUAGGGCAUCUGAAACAUAAAACAUAGGGAGUCAAAAUAAAAACCCGAUGAAGAAUCCAUGCAACGCUGAGGAAGAACCAUCGCGUACGAAGAAACUGAAGCUGUCUUUCUCGUCUCCGAGUGGGUUAUCUAUGUUGCCGGAUGAGAUGGCACUCAGUUGCUUGGCCCGCGUCUCAAGAUCGGACCAUGCUUCCUUAUCCCUCCUCUCCAAGUGGCACCGUUCAGUAGUGGGUUCGCCUGAGCUGUACGACUUCCGAUCCCUUUUGGGCUUCACCGAAAACCGUAUCUAUCUAUGCUUACGCAUCCCUCCAGACCCAAACCACCGCUGGUUCACCCUCUCCCCAAAAACCCCCCUUAACCGACGGCUUGUCCCAGUGCGAUCUUAUUUUUACCAGCCUCCGGAAGCAUCUUGCAUGGUGGCUCAUGGUUGUGGGAUCUACAUCAUGGGUGGUAGGAUUGGCGGGAGAGCCACGUCGAGUGUAUUGUUUCUGGAUUGUAGAUCUCACACGUGGAGCACUCUCCCCUCCAUGGGGAUGGCUCGAUAUUCAGCCGUGGCUGGCGUGGUGGACGGGAAAAUAUACGUGUUGGGAGGGUGCGAUGGCUGGGAGUCCGGCAAGUGGGGAGAGGUCUUCGACCCAAGGCAGCAAACUUGGGAUGCCCUGCCGAUGCCACCGCCUCAGUGUGAUUAUCCCUUAGUGUGCGAAAGCAUAGUUAUAGAGGAAGAGAAGUUGGUUGUUAUGAAUGGCUCAGGGGUAUGUUUAUCCUACAAACCAAGUGAUGGCAAAUGGAAAAAAGGGUAUAGUGAUAUCUCCGGAAUAAAAAGGUGUUGGCAUGUGAUAGAGAAUGUAGUGUACUGCAGUUUAAGUGGUGGGCGGAUAUUGUGGUGUGAGCCAAGUGAACUGGAGUGGAAUGAAAAGAUGGAGUGGAGAGAAGUGAUGGGCUUGGAGGCUCUCAGGGAUACUCUCGCUGCCUCCAAGCUGGUUAACUAUGGUGGACGGGUGUCGGAUCAGUGGGAGAUAUGUAGAAGAUCGGAACAGAUGUUAGGGACAAUGGAAAAUGAUGAAAUAUUUCCCGGGCACAAACUAAGCAACUCUGGUCCCAACAUGUUGGUCUUCUGGGACGUGCUUGCUCCUCAUAAGUUGGAGAUUUGGUGUGCUGAGAUCUCUCUCGAGAGACGCAAGAAGACAAGCGAGAUUAUAGGAAACAUCGUGUGGUCAGAAGCUGUCAUGACACUUGAUCCUCCUCCACAUCAGCAUCACUCAAGCGUUUUUCUCAUGUAUUGGAGUGGUGAUACAAAGUAUCAUGACUUAGCAGCCACACCGUUCUGCACUUAACGGAAUAACUCAUCAGCUGUUCAUGAUUCUAGCAGAAACGAAUUGAGUAGAGAGUGUCGCAUAUCACCGCCAUCUUAUUUGUGACCACGAGUAAAUAUCACCCCUCUUAUUUAUUACACUAAUUAAGAAGUAUUUACAGCUUCUAAUUAAAGUGUAGGGGGUGUUAUUGAGUCCUUCAAUGCCGCACUUCAAGUCUUUAACUUUGAAACCUGAUCUGCACAGCAUCCAGGACUUCCUUCCCCAUGCCCCGUCCAAGUAUGGGGUUGAAAUAGAUGCAUGGUAAAGGGUACACACGCAACACGAAGAUCUACCAGACGAUGAUACACUAAUUGUGUAAGGCGGGGAAGUUUGAUUUGGGUUAUACCAUAUGUAAGGAUUGUAUGAGAAAGAAGUGGUACCCAAACUUGGACACAGUUGGUGUGUUGCUGGACGGGCUUGUGAAAAAAGGCCAGCUUGAUCAAGCUAAGUUGAUUACGGGGUUAGUUCACUAAAAACUUCCUCCGUUCAGCUUAAAACGGUUGCUCCCUGUUGGAAGUGUAUCAUUUGAUUAAACAAGAAAAAGAAAAGAAGAAGAAGAGUCAAGAAAGUACGGGCUAUGUAUGAAAAGCAGUACUCCUAAGUCAAUAAAAUAAGGCUAUGAAAUGGAGAAGAUCGAGAGUGUUCGGUUAUCUCUAUAAACAUGUGUGUGCAAUGUUGUGUAAAACAUCC